AUGGCUCUGGCACAUGCUAGAAUAAAAUAUCCAAGGCCAUUGGCGGCUCCUACGGAUGGUGCAGGUGGUAACUUUUACAAUGAACCUCUGAAACCCGAUGGAAGAGACUUUCCAUGCAAAGGUCUACACAAGAAAGCUGGUGUAAGCAAGACACCAACAACUACGUGGAAAGCAGGCCAGGAAGCAUACUUUGAGAUUCUUGGACACAACAGCGUAGGUGGAGGAGAAGGAUCCCUGGCAGCUCAUAGUGGCGGAAGCUGUCAAGCUUCGUUGUCGUUCGAUGACGGUGAAACAUGGAAAGUUCUUCAUAGUUAUCAUGGUGGAUGUCCAAGGGAUGUUCGAUUAGGUUCUAAUAUGGCGGGUCCAAACCAAACGUUUCCAUUUCUUGUGCCUGAACAGACGAGAACCGGAACCGCUUUGUUUUCAUGGACAUGGAUUGCUGUAACUGGUAAUCGCAAUGAAAUGUUUCAAAAUUGUGCUUCGGUCAUGAUUGAUGGUUCUGGGACAAGCAUGCUCGAAGACUUCCCUGAUAUGUUCGUUGGUGAUAUGAGUAUUGCGGGACAUAUUGGACCUGGUGAAUGUCGAAGUUCAUCUCGAACAGCUCUCGAGUAUCCAAAUCCAGGAAGCUCUAUUACGAUUGCUGAAGUUCCAAGCAUACCCUUUAAAAAACCAACCGCUGGCAAGUGUUAUUCAAAGGCGACUGCCAACAAUGCGACGAUGACAACUUUAUCUACAACAAUUACCUCAACGCUCACUUCAUUAUCAUCAUCAUCAUCAUCAUCAUCAUCAUCAUCAUCAUCAUCAUCAUCAACAGUAUCUAUUGCACAGACCACAGAUACUGGUGCUAAAUGUGAAAACCCGACUCCUACAGUUUUCAGCUUGGUUGUUAAUGAUGCGAAUUAUCCCUGCACAUGUACUUGUGAGAAAAGAAACCCAUAG